AUGACUCUGGCUUUUGCUGUGGCCGAUGAGACCAAAUCUGGCAGGGAAAAGCUUGCCACACUUUUGAGAAUUCAAAAUCCCCACUUCCACUUGUGCGUCAUUCCGGGUCUUCUGAACGACACGUACAAGAUCCAGGGCCAGUGGCAUGCAGAGCUGGAGAACAGAAGCAUCCCGUACCUGCAGGAUGACAAGGAGUACUCGGAAUGUGAGGUCUACCGCUACACAAACGGCGUGGGCUUCUCCACCAACGUCACGGAGUCCUGUCAUGCCUGGGUCUACGACAGAAGCACUUUUGACCGGACAGUGGUCACCGAUCUCAACCUUGUGUGUGGUGACAAAAUGUUGCGGACUUACGCCAACAUGAUCUUGAUGGGAGGACUGUUGGUUGGAUCCCUGGUCCUGGGUUCGCUGUCCGAUGUGAUAGGACGUAAAAAAGUAUUGCUCAUUGGAGUGGCAGGCCACUUUGGGUCGUCCUUGGGUGUAACCUUCGUGACGUCAUACGAGGCGUUCGUCAUCCUACGAUUCUCCACAACUUUCUUCGGCAUCGGCAUGUUCCUCUCUGCCUUUGUGAUCGGCAUGGAGCUGGUAGGCCCAUCCAAGAGGAAGUACGCUGGUAUUGUCAUCGAGAUUUUCUGGUGUAUUGGGCUUUUCAUCCAGAAUGGCGUGGCCUACGGACUCCGAGACUGGCGAUACCUGCAGGCAGCUCUGUCCGCCCCAACCGUCCUUUUCCUGUCUUACUGGUGGCUGCUACCAGAGUCCCCUCGCUGGCUGAUCAACAAGGGCAAGCUGAAAGAAGCCGAGAUUGUGAUCAAGAAAGCUGCGAAAGGAAACGGCGUGGAGCUCAGCAAGAAGGCCCUACGACUGGACGAGCUGGAAGUGGAAGGAGAAGGGGAGAGAAUCUGGCACAUGUUCACCACCCCGGUGCUUUUGAUUAGGUCCCUUGUCAUCUUUUUCAACUGGCUGGUGGCAAGCAUGGUGUAUUACGGUCUGAGCCUGAAUGUCGGGGGUCUGUCCGGCAACAUAUACCUCAACUUUUUCAUCUCGGCUGUGGCAGAGUUGGCCUCGUACAUCUUCUGUCUUCUUCUGUUGGACGUCACGGGUCGCAAGCCCCUCCAGUGUAUCUCCAUGCUUGUCGGAGGUGUGGCCUGUAUUGCUACCAUGGCACCUGUCAUCACAGACGCCCCAGAAUGGAUUACCAUGGUUCUGUCAAUGGUUGGAAAAUUUGGAGCGUCUGCCGCUUUUGCAGUUAUCUACGUCUUCUCGGCGGAACUGUUUCCAACUGUGAUGAGGAAUUCUGGGAUGGGGCUCAGCUCUUUCUCCGCUAGGAUAGGAGGAGUUGUUGCCCCCUACAUCGCUGAUCUCGGCGACAUGGUGGAUGGCCACUUUGGCGUUGCUCUACCCCUCAUCAUAUUCGGCGGUGCCAGUGUCCUGGCAGGUCUCCUCGCUCUCCUACUGCCGGAAACACUGGACCGGAAGUUGCCAGACACUGUGGAAGACGCUAAAAACUUUGCCAAACAAAAGAAAGCAAGUGCCUACGUCCUGGACAAUAUGGCCGAGGAAAAAGACAGCUCCAACGGGAAAUACAACCAGGCUUUCACUCCUGAUGGAUCAUACUGAGCUAAAGGAACAAAGAUCAUUUCAUAGAUUCACUGCAGUGAGGAAAAACAUCAUUUGACACAACUAUACAUAGAAGGCUAAUUAUAUGUAUAUUAUGUCUUUGUCCAAAAUUUGCACUUCUAAUGUAAUCGUACUUUUUAUUUGGAUGUGUCCGACUGAUGUGGUUAUGAAACUUAAGUAGAGCAUACCUUUUAUUUUCUUAUUAUAAUCUUUUAGCGUCACACCUCCCUAUCUAAUUACUAUGUCGUAUCGGAAGUUAACUUGACGUUCCUCUUUGAGUGAUGUUCUCGUACUUCACUGAAUAUCUUACCAUGCCUCAUCCGUGAAGAUCGACAACGUGCUCACCUUCCAAAUGAAUACAUCACUUUAAUGCGGUGUUAAACUUCAACAUCAAUGACAACAAUAACAGCAUCGGAUCAGUAACAUCAGCAACAACAAUAAAAAAUGACAUCAUCAUCAUCAACGAC